AUGCCUGUGUCAAAGCUCCCUCCACCUGCGCGCGUUGGAUCUUUCAGCGAGAAGUGGCCGCCAAAGCCAACGUGGAAGGCCCCAGAAGAUGUCCCCGACCUGAGUGGCCAGAUAUUUUUGGUCACAGGCGGCAACGUCGGUAUUGGAAGGGAGACCUGUCGUAUAUUGGUUGCCCGCAAUGCUAAGGUGUAUCUCGCCGCACGUUCGGAAGAGAGAGCUCAGACAGCUAUAGACGAUAUCUGUCGGAGCACUGGGAAAUCAAACAUUCAUUUCUUAAAGAUUGACCUUUCCGACCUCUCUUCCGUCAGGAAAGCUGCAGAACAAUACAUCUCAAUGGAGCAGGAACUACAUGUCCUCAUUAAUAAUGCAUUCCCUAUUGACAUUUCGCUGCAGUGGUUUUUGUACUCUCCUGGCAUUGGUCCUCAAACUGCGCAGGGCUAUGAUGUUCAAUUCGGAGUGCACGUCCUGGGACACUACUUCUUCACCCUACUGUUGAUGCCCACGCUCCUGCGCACUGCAAAUGGUGAGAUAUCUGGGACGCCAAAGCCUGUUCGUGUGGUAUCUGUAUCGUCGGACGCGCACGAAAUGACCGCCCCCAAAAAAGGCAUCGGCGUGGUCCUCAUCUCCUCCGAGCUCGCACGACGGUACGGCGAUCAGGGUGUCGUGGCUAUCUCCUUGCAUCCAGGCGGUGUCAAGUCAGAACUGCUGCGUCACCUGCAUCCUAUUAUUGCCUGGAUAGUUGAGAAGAUACGUAUUUAUCCUGUCUCUUUGGGUAUUAUCACAACUUUGUACGCGGCAACCUCGGAGGCAGCGCUGCACAUGAAUGGAGAGUACUUGACUGCUUGGGCGCGACGGCAGGUUCCCAGUAUCCAUGCACAGAACUUAGAGAUGGGAGAGAGGUUAUGGAACUGGUGUGAAGAGCAGGUUUCCGAUUUCUGA